CGGCUCAGACUUGGCUUGGUUUUGAUUUUGGUUAUUUAAAAUUUGAAAUAAAGUAUUGAUUUAAGUGCCAAAGAUGUCUGAUCCGAAAGCCAAACGUGAUCCGUCGACAGAAACAUUUUUGCCCCUCAGUCGGGUCCGCACCAUAAUGAAAAGUUCCUUGGAUACAGGGCUUAUAACAAAUGAAGUACUGUUUAUGGUAACCAAAUGUACGGAACUCUUUGUCCAGCAUUUAGCACGCGAAGCCUACAAGUCCUAUUGCUCACCAUCGAAACAAAGUGCCAGUGGCGGCAGCAGCAGCGAUACUUUGAAAUACGAGCAUCUGUCCCGGCUGGUCAACAAGAGCAAAAAUCUCGAGUUUCUGCUGCAAAUUGUGCCUGACAAAAUACGUGUGCAUGAGUUCCAAGAGAUGUUGCGUCUAAAUCGCAACGCUGUCAGCGGUGACGAAGACGACGAUGAUGAUGACGAGGACGAUGAUGAUGAGGAUGAUGAUGAAUCCGGUUCGAGCUCCGAGGCUGCAGAAUAAAUGCCUCAUAAAUGCUGCCGCUGGAGGAAGAAUGGCCCACAGCACGCUAGACUUUUUAUUAGCAAAUAUAAAACAUUUGACUUUUUAUACAGCUGGUUGACCUAUUGUCCAACAGUCUACAUUCUAAUUAGCAAUUAAAUUAUUACCAAAUAAUACACAAAA